UCCUGCACCGAGCCGUUGUCUCAACUUCAGCAGUUCCAUCUCGUGGAGAUACCAGUGAUCUCAGUAGCAGUCUCUGUCAGGCUGUGCCCUGCAGGAACUGGGAGAUCUGUAGGGAGGACACCGGGACAUCUCUGAAGCUGGGAAAUGAAUUAGCAGUUGGGAACUUCAGUAUUUAAAUGUGAGAAGGCAUACAUAAGAACUAGGGCAAUGGAUACUGAGGAAUUGUUGAAAUUCAGAGAUGUAUCUAUAGAAUUCUCUACGGAUGAGUGGGACUGCCUGGACCCUGCUCAGCAGAAUUUGUAUCGGGAUGUCAUGUUAGAGACCUACAGUCACCUGGUCUUCCUUGGGCUUGCUGUCUCUAAGCCAGAGCUCAUCACCUGUCUGGAGCAAAGGAAAGAACCCUGGCAGGUGAAGACUCACCAGACAGUGUUCAAGCACCCAGUCAUAUUUAAUCAUUCUACCCAGAGCAAUUCGCAAGUUCUGGGCAUGAAUAUGUUAUUACCAGAGAUAAUCCUAAGAAGAUACGAAAACGAUACCCCUGAAAAUUUAAACUCAAUAAAAGACUGGGAUAGAGUGUGUGAGUAUAAGCAGCAGAAAGUAUGUUACAAUGGACUAGAUGAAUGUUUAACAGCUAUGCAUGGUAAAAUCUACCAAUGGAGUAAAUGUUUCAAAGUUUUCAGAAAAUUAUCAAAUGUAAAUAGACAUAAGAUGUUAUAUACUGGGGAAAUAACAUUUGAGUGUAAAAAAUAUGGGAAAGCCUUAAAUCUAUGCUCAAACUUUGAUAAACGUAAGAUAACCCAUUUUGUGGAAAAGCAGUGCAAAUGUAAAGAAUGUUGCAAAGUCUUUACAUCUUGCUCAAGACUGUCUAAGCACAGGGAAAAUCAUACUGCAAAGAAAACCUCCCAUUGUGUGAAUGAUGACAAAUGUCUUAGCCACUGCUCAAGAUAUUCUAACUAUAAGACAAUUUAUAAUGUAGAGAAACCCUACACAUGUAAAGAAUGUGGCAAAGCCUUCAACAAUUACUCAAUCCUUUUUGUUCAUAAAACAAUUGAUUCUGGAGAAAAAUCCUACAAACCUGAAAAAUGUGGAAAAGCCUUUAACGAUUUCUCAACUUGUUCUGUACAUAAAAGAAUUCAUUCUGGAGAGAAACCCUACAAAUGUGUAGAAUGUGGAAAAACCUUUAACCAAAACUCAACCCUUUCUGUACAUAAAAGAAUUCAUUCUGGGGAGAAGCCCUACAAAUGUGAAGAAUGUGGAAAAGCCUUUAAACAUUCCUCAACCCUUUCUGUACAUCAAAGAAUUCAUUCUGGAGAGAAACCCUACAAAUGUCAAGAAUGUGGCAAAGCCUUUAACCAGUACUCACACCUUUCUGUACAUAAAAGAAUUCAUUCUGGAGAGAAACCCUACAAAUGUCAAGAAUGUGGAAAAGCCUUUAAAGAUUCCUCAACCCUUUCUGUACAUAAAAGAAUUCAUUCUGGAGAGAAACCCUACAAAUGUCAAGAAUGUGGCAAAUCCUAUAACCAGUACUCACACCUUUCUGUACAUAAAAGAAUUCAUUCUGGAGAGAAACCCUACAAAUGUCAAGAAUGUGGAAAAGCCUUUAACCGGUACUCACACUUUUCUGUACAUAAAAUAAUUCAUUCAGGAGAGAAACCCUACAAAUGUGAAGAAUGUGGAAAAGCCUUUAACCGGUACUCAACCCUUUCUGUACAUAAAAGAAUUCAUUCUGGAGAGAAACCCUACAAAUGUCAAGAAUGUGGGAAAGCCUUUAAAGAUUCCUCAAACCUUUCUGUACAUAAAAGAAUUCAUUCUGGAGAGAAACCCUACAAAUGUCAAGAAUGUGGCAAAGCCUUUAAAUAUUCCUCAACCCUUUCUGUACAUAAAAGAAUUCAUUCCGGAGAGAAACCCUACAAAUGUGAAGAAUGUGGAAAAGCCUUUAACCAGUACUCACACCUUUCCUUACAUAAAAAAAUCCAUUCUGGAGAGAAACAUUACAAAUAUGAAUAGUUUGACCCCCUUUAACUCUGGGUCAAACCAGGCUGUAUAUUAAAAAAACGUGAUAGCAUGGAAACUCUAGAAAUAUGAAGAAUAUGGCAGUACCUUACUUGGUGUUCAUAACUUACUAAGCUUGUAAGAAUUUACACUGGAGAGAAAUCCUACAACUGUGAGUGGUGUGGCGAUGCACUUAACCAGAGCUCAAACUUUACUACACGUAAGAAAAUUUAUAUUAGAGAGAAAUCUUACAAAUAAGAAUAAAUGGCUAAAGUUUUAACUGAUUCUUAGCCCUUAGUAAAAAUGAGAGAAAUCAUGUCGGAGAAAAAAAUCACAAUAUGAAGGUGUGUGGAAGCUUCAUGCCAGUAAUCAUAGUUGUCUGUACACAGUAGAAUUCAUGUUGAACAGAAAGGCUGUGAAUGUGAAGAAUGUGACAAGUGUUUAACUUCUGCUCAAACCAUUCUCUAUGAAAUUUAUGACAGAAAACCCCAACAACUGUGAAGACAGUGUCAAAUCUUAUAACCAGUAUUCACACUUUUCAGUACAUAACAGAAUUCCUAGAGAUAUUCUACAUAUGUGAAGAGUAUGAAAAUGUCUUUAAAUACUUUUCAUACUUUUCUAAUCAUAAUUUGUACGGAAGAAAUACUCUACAAAUGUCAAUGAUGUCUUAAAGUCGUGUUUAUCCUGUUCACUAGGGCUAAAAAGAGAUAGGGGCAGAUGAUUCUAGGGCAUCCUUUGUCCAUAAUAAGUAGGAACAAAGUUACCAGAGGGGGCAGCCAGGAAAGAAAUGCAUUUCAGGAAGGCUUUAAAAAACUGAACUGAUGUUUGCUUUACAGAACUGACUCUCAGAGGUAGAGAGGCCCCAGUGUAGAGAUACAGCCAAGGCCAUAAAAAGGGGUCUUUGCAGCAUCCCUACAAGUAUGGUGACAGUAGUCUCAAGGGACCCAUUUUCAUAAACACAGUAAAAUUUUCACCACUUUUAUCACAGUUUACAAAUACUAUGACAGGGCGGCACCUGUGGCUCAGUCGGUAAGACACCAGCCCCAUAUACCGAGGGUGAUGGGUUCAAACCCGGCCCCGGCCAAACUGCAACCAAAAAAUAGCCAGGCAUUGUGGCGGGCGCCUGUAGUCCCAGCUACUUGGGAUGCUGAGGCAAGAGAAUCGCUUAAGCCCAUUAGUUGGAGGUUGCUGUGAGCUGUGUGAGGCCACGGCACUCUACCGAGGGCCAUAAAGUGAGACUCUGUCUCUACAAAAAAAAAACAAAAAACAAAUACUAUGACAAUUUCUGGAAAUUGCUUUCCAGAGAUAAAAAUAAAAAUUCCUCCAUUCAGGAAUUUUUCCCCCUUUCUACUAAAAAUAGUAAAUAUAUUACCCUCCUCCCCCAACCACUUAACGUAGAUUUGGAAAAUUGUCAUGAACGGGAAAAAUCUCACUAACCCAGGGUGUUCUCCACUUGAUAAGGUAGAUGUCUUCCUUCUCUGGAGUGUACUGUGCUUUAAUAAACUUUGACCUUUUGCUCACUUGUAUCUACUUGUUCUGCUCAUUUGUUCCACUGUCUUGUUACCAGUAACUAUGCUUUGUCACCUGGAACCAAAAAUCAGGGAACGCACACUUGACAUAUUUUCCCCAUAUGUGACAUUUUAGGGCCAAAAUCUUGGAGGAAAGUGUACAUUUUCAGCAAGAUAAGGUAAUGAAACAUUAGGCAUUCUGAAUUCACGCUGCCUGAUGAACAUUACUUAUUACACUUACAGGUCUCACUCUCUUUGCUUUCCAGGUAAUGUAGCUCUUUACCUACCCCUGCUCCCUUUCCUUUUUUUUUUUUCUUCCCAUCUCCACAAUGCACAUCAUCCUCCAGUUGGGCCUAAUAUUCAAAAGCAUAAAAAGGGGCAUCUGGCUCCACAAGCAGAACAUUAAAGCAGAUUUUUAAGGUCUUGAUACAGAGAAUUGGGAUGAAGAGACAGCAAGAGAAAGCCAGGCCAGCAUCAGUCCCCAAGAGCAGUAGGAAGCUUUUGAAAUGGUCGCUGCCACUAGGGAAGAAGGUUGUCAGGAACAGAGUUACUCUAGGGUCAGGCAAGAAUCCACCAGGCCAGAGCCCUUCCCCACCAUGACUAUGGCUUCCUGGAGUCAGGAAUGGCUCAGGAAGCAGCCUCUGCUGGGCCCAUCCCCUCACUGCUAGAGAAAUGCCCUGGAAGUGACAUUUCCCUCUCCUGGAGAUGGAGGAUCACACUUACCUUCCAGACCCUGUGAAAUUCCUGAACCAGCUCUGACUCUGGAACUCUUUUAGUUUGGUGGACACCCUCCAGCUUCAGAAAAAGUUCCACUUCAGAUGGUGGGAAGGCUGGUUGUUGGGUAGCUGUCUCUGUCACAAUGAACAAACUGAUGUUCAUAGUGUUAGAGCCACCCCUUUGUUCUCCCCAAAUAUUCAGGGGCUCUGUUUCGCUCUCUUAUAUCUUUCUUAAAAAUGGAAGGUAAAAUACAAUCCUAAGGGUACUCUAAAGUCCCUCUGCUCCCUGGUUGAAGAUGCCUUGUUUUU